AUGAGCCGAAUCACACACACAUCGCCAUUGAGGGCCAUUCAACACACAGUAACAAGUGGUAAUCUCUAUUUUAGGUGUGCAUCCAGUAUUCCUAUUGACAUUGGCUUUGUUUUUGUAGUUCGUCAGUAUGGUCAUGAGCCGUUAGUUUUCCGGCAAAAAGACGAGCCUUUGUAUCUUUCAAUUCUGAGCUACCUUGGUCAGAUUGAACUGUUGUUAGAAAAACGAGAACUCUUAGGCGAUGCUAUCUACCGAGAAGCCAAAGAUGGCUUGGACUUGAAGAUAGACCGCUUAGAGUCCCGGAUCAAUUCUAUUUGGGAGCAAUUGGAACUUUUAGAUAAGCCUACACAAAAAGAUUAUCUGCAACAAGUUGGAAUGAGCCAUAUGUACCCAAAAGCAAGCAAUCAUCUGUUUGCUGAGGAUGAGGAAGCCCAGAGCGGGUCUUCACACUAUGAACAACUGGGUUUGCUUUAUCAAAUGUACCAAAUGGCCAAAAAUAUACAGGAUAACCUUUGUCUUCCUGACCACACUUAUAUAGCAUAUCAAUUGGCACUCCUCUAUCAGUGUGUCAAUCAGCAAGAUAGCCUAUUUGAUCCUUACAAGGUUCGGAUUGAACUUGAAUUUGAAGGAAUUAGAGUAGCUACAAAGUUGCCUGGAUUGAUUCAGAAUAUCCAAUCUGACUGGCUGUACUCCCUCACAAGAGAUCUCAUGGAAUUCAUCACAAAGGUCUUUGGGCAACAGAUUGCUACCAGUAAUCUAGUACAAACUAUGUCUAAUAUGGAGACUUUUUUUCUGAAUACAUUCUAA